CGAACCUGGCAACCCUUUUUGUUAAUCGGCAACCGGAACACACAAACGCCCCCCCUCCUCUCCACGGAUGCCGCAGUAAAGUUGGUCGCGCCUGCGCAGUUCCGGUCCUCUUUUUCUUGGAAGCACCCCCGACCCAUUGCACCAUGGCAGAUCCUGAGACUGAUUUCGAACCCGUUGACUCUGGUGCCUCCACCACCUACCCCAUGCAGUGCUCUGCUCUGCGCAAGAAUGGUUUUGUGGUGCUGAAAGGACGCCCUUGCAAAAUUGUUGAGAUGUCCACCUCCAAGACUGGCAAGCACGGACAUGCAAAGGUUAACUUGGUUGGUAUCGACAUCUUCACUAACAAGAAGUAUGAAGAUAUGUGUCCCUCUACCCACAACAUGGAUGUGCCCGCCAUCAAGAGGCUAGAUUACCAGCUGGUCAAUAUCAAUGAUGGCUUCAUGGCUCUGAUGAGUGACAAUGGCGAAAUCAGGGAGGACCUGCGUGUUCCUGACUCUGAUGUCGGAAAGGAGAUCGAGGCGAAGUUCGAAGCGAAUGACGAUUUCAUGGUUACCGUGCUGCGUGCCAUGGGGGAGGAGUGCGCUGUCGCUACCAAGGCCUUAUCCAGCAAAUAGAGAGAGACUGCUACCCGGGCAACAAGCACCACCCACAACCAGUCUCUUUGCAUUCUCAUUGGUUCUGUCACCAAAGCGUCAGCCUUCACAGACGACCUCAAUCAUUCUGUUGUGAAUUCUCUCCUUGUUGUUUUCUCCUUCUCCAUUGCUACGGGAAUGUUCCACGGCACCUUGCUGCCUGGUCCUCUGCCUGAUCACUGAGGUUAUAUUUUAGUAACAAUAUACUUUAUAAAAAAUAAGGACAUCCAUCUGUUGCUCAUUCUUGUUUGAUUUGUUGUUUUUGCCUUCGAAAUGUUGGUCUUGCCACUCACAUUCCUGAAUGUUCUAAUAACAACGGGAUCCAGCUUUUUGUAUAAUUUUUUAUAUAUAUUCUUUAGAUUGAAUAGCAGGUGUUAUGCCUUUUUAGAGGGAAAGGGGAGGGGGCUGUUUUUGAGUUGAGCGGCGGGAGGGAAGAUGGGCCCCUGGAUUAGAAUGAGAUCCCUGGUUAGGUUUGUCCCCACCCAGCUGCCAUAUUGCUCCAGCAUGGCUUCUGCUCUGGUUCCUCUCUGGACUGGAUGCGACAUGGUCCUAUACUUAGUCCCAGAUGCUGGGAGUGUGGGUGGCUAGCAUUUAACAGCACUUGAGGUCCACCCCCAGCAUUUCAGUUCUAAACCCAAGAAAGGAACACUUUUCAAAUCAAUAUUGAACUUCAGUGUUUUUUCCCUAUUUUCCUCUUAAUGCCAGUCUCGUCUGUACAGAAGUUUGAGGGGCUUGAGGGUCCGGUCUGCUUAAGUUUUGAUUCAAUAUGACAGCCAAGGGCUUGCUCUGUUGCCCUGGUCAUGACCCCACCCCCCCACCCCUGCUAAAUAUAAAAAGUGUUUUGAGGUGUGAGUGUAGCAUUGGGAGUGCUUCCAGAAUGUCACAGGAGGCAGUUUGCAGUGAGGUGUGUGUUUGAGGGACUCUAUCGGGGAGGGUGGUAGAGUUGCAAAUUUAUUUUGUUCACUCGAGGCCUUUGUCACCUGACUGGAGAUGGCAAAAAAUAAAAGUUGAAACAAAUGGACAAAACUGCAA